AAAAAUGCUCGCCAUUACAUUUCAAAUCGCUUCUUUAAACGCGUUGUCUCUUUUAAAGAAGAAAAAUUUGAUUAUUUUGAAUCUUUGAUCACCUAAUUCAUUCUCUUCUCUAGAUUACUCUUCAAUUCAAUUCACACCCACUUCUCAAAAUCCCUUCAAUUCAAUUACCCAGAUUCCAAUUUCUCUAAUUCUCUCGUAAAUUUGCUAAACUUUUGUUUUUCUUUUUCGAUAUGAAAAGAGGCAAAUCAGAGACCAGAUUAGAUAAAAUCGACGCCUUCACCUCUUUAAGCAGACAAAGAUCGAUUCAAAUCCUGAUUGGCGUCGGCGUUUUAUAUUUACUUCUCGUCACUGUAGAAAUCCCCUUCGUUUUUACUUCGGUUUCUCAAGAAACCACCACCACCACCGCUUUAACUCGCCUCUCUAUGCUCGAGAGCGAGCAAGAUUUGCAAGAUAAAGUUGCCCCAACUCGUCCUGUUAACUGGGUUUCCCAUAACUCACCACAGCCAACUCAGUCUCACUCUCAUAAAAAACCGAUUAAAAUCUUGUCCAGUUUGAAAUUUGACCCGAAAACAUUUGAUCCCAGUAGAAAAGACGGGUCUGUGGAGCUUCAUAGGACUGCUAAAACUGCUUGGGAGGUUGGUAGGAACCUUUGGGAAGGGAUAGUUUCAGGUAAAAUUAAGGUAACUGAAGUUGAAAAACCGGGGAAAAACCAAACCGAAACGUGCCCGCAUUCGGUUUUAUUGUCCCGGUCUGAGUUUUUGAAGCAGGGGAAGGUGGUGGUGUUGCCUUGUGGACUGACAUUAGGGUCUCAUGUAACUGUGGUAGGGAAGCCGAGAGGGGCGCAUGCUGAGAAUAACCCGAAAAUUUCGCUUGCGAAAGAUGGAGGGGAGUCUGUGAUGGUGUCUCAGUUUAUGAUGGAGUUGCAAGGAUUGAAAAUUGUGGACGGUGAGGACCCGCCUAGGAUUUUGCAUUUUAAUCCGAGGUUGAGAGGGGAUUGGAGUGGUAAGCCGGUUAUUGAGCAGAAUACUUGUUAUAGGAUGCAAUGGGGUACUGCUUUGCGGUGUGAAGGGUGGAAGUCUAAAGCUGAUGAGGAGACUGUUGAUGAUCAGAUGAAGUGUGAGAAGUGGAUUCGUGAUGAUGACAAUCGUUCGGAGGAGUCAAAAGCAACUUGGUGGUUAAAUCGGCUAAUAGGUCGAACUAAAAAGGUGUCUGUUGAUUGGCCAUAUCCAUUUGUAGAGGAGAAGCUAUUUGUUCUAACUCUCAGUGCUGGUUUGGAGGGUUAUCAUAUCAAUGUGGAUGGGAGGCAUGUCACGUCUUUUCCAUAUCGCACCGGCUAUACUUUAGAGGAUGCCACUGGGCUGACAGUGAACGGUGACAUUGAUGUUCACUCUGUAUUUGCUGCUUCGUUACCCACAGUGCAUCCUAGUUAUGAUCCCCAGAGGCACUUAGAGAUAUCCGAUAAAUGGAGAGCACCACCUCUGCCUCAGGGGUCUGCAGAACUAUUUAUUGGUGUUCUUUCAGCAGGCAACCAUUUUGCUGAGAGGAUGGCUGUGAGGAAGUCUUGGAUGCAGCACACGCUUAUAAAAUCCUCAACUGUGGUAGCUCGUUUCUUUGUAGCACUGCAUGGCCGGAAAGAAGUGAACUUGGAGUUGAAGAAAGAGGCUGAAUUUUUUGGUGACAUUGUUGUUGUUCCCUACAUGGACAACUAUGACCUUGUAGUUCUGAAAACUGUUGCUAUAUGUGAAUAUGGGGUUCGCACUGUGCGUGCCAAGUAUAUUAUGAAGGGUGAUGAUGAUACAUUUGUUAGAGUUGAUGCAGUCAUUGAUGAGGCAAGAAAAGUUCCUGAAGGUAGGAGCUUGUACAUUGGGAACAUAAAUUACUACCAUAAGCCUCUACGAUCUGGCAAAUGGGCAGUCACAUAUGAGGAGUGGCCGGAGGAAGAUUAUCCACCCUAUGCCAAUGGGCCUGGCUACAUUUUAUCCUCUGACAUUGCGCGAUUUAUUGUUUCCGAGUUUGAGAGACAUAAAUUAAGGCUGUUCAAGAUGGAAGAUGUAAGCAUGGGAAUGUGGGUGGAGCAGUUUAACAGCUCGAAACCUGUGGAAUAUUCGCACAGUUUAAAGUUCUGCCAAUUCGGAUGCAUCGAAGGCUAUUUCACAGCACAUUAUCAGUCUCCAAGGCAGAUGAUUUGUCUUUGGGAUAAAUUGCAGAAGCCGGGUAAGCCCCAAUGCUGCAACAUGAGAUGACAAAUCUUGAUGCCUGUUGAAUGCAAAUUCAGAAUACCGGCGUGAACCAUCUGGUGACGGAAGUGGUGGAACGUGGGAUGACGGUGAUCGGAGAUAAGAGUUUUUCUAUGACAAAAAAGUUUAGAGAGGUCACAGAAAGAAGUUUUGCAGUUAUAGCAUCAAAGUAUUGUAUAUUUUGCUAAGAAGAAGCUGGCUUAGUUGUUCCUAGGAAAUUCUAGUUCUAAGAAGCUGGCUUAGUUGUUCCUAGGAAAUUCUAGUUCUAAUCAAUUCUUUUUUCACCUUCUAAUUUUUGUAAAAUGAAUAGUUUAUUUUA